CAUAAAGAAUUUCAUGCCAAUUUUUUCAACUCUUGUCAGAACCCAGAAGACCAAAAGCAAUAGAGGCGGGAAAGAAAAAAGAGUAAACAGAGCGCAGCGAGGGCGGCGAGUUCCGGUAAGUGCGAAGGCAGCAGCCGCCGGUGAGUGGGACUGCGGUUUCAAGAAUGGUCGUCGUGAAGCUAGUGCCUCGUGUGGGCCUUCUCCUCUGGUUCUGAUAUGCGAAACAGAACACUACCAGAAAGAUCGACACGGCGCAUGGUCAUCGGAUCCAGCGAGCACCCUCGCAUAAUUGCUCCUAUCUUCCAGCCUCCGCGUCAGCUCGCUUGGUGAUGUAAACUCGCAGGACCGUACGAGUUUGCGAGUUUACUCGCGAUUUUAACAACACUGCGCCCAGGUACUACAUAAUCAUAUGCGGUUUCUUGAUAUUCGUCCAAUACCUGGCUUUACAUAAGUGUUCCCACUGGGUUCAUCUAAUUAUGGAUUUUUUAUUUCAUUAAUCACAAACACUCAUUUGUGUCCACUUCAUUAUCCUGACACCACACCCAGUAAGAUUCUCAACAAUAAGAAGAACUUCACUUGCUUUGUCGAUAUCCCCUGCCAAUGAUCAUUCCAAGCCAAAUUCGAUGUAUAUAUAAUUGUACAAGACCUAUUGUAUCAACAAGAGUAGUCUCCAGUCUCAGUACAAACUUAUCAACCAACAAUUACAUCAACUUGAUGUGCAAGCAACAGCAUUACAAAGAAGCACUUGAUGCAUUUAAUUUCAAUCUAGAGAAAUCGAGUAUCCACCUUGAACCAAGCACGUAUGCGAAUCUAAUACUGGCCUGUACCAACUUUAGAUCUCUAAAUUACGGCAAGAAAAUCCAUGAUCACAUUUCAAAAUCCAAGUGUCAGCCAGACCUUGUUCUCCAAAAUCAUAUUAUUAAUAUGUAUGCAAAAUGUGGUUCUUUGAAGGAUGCUAGAAAAGUUUUUGAUGCUAUGCAGCUGCGUAAUGUGGUCUCUUGGACUAUAAUGAUCUCCGGAUACAUGAAGAAUGAUGAAGAGAAUAAUGCCAUCAUCAUGUAUAUUCAAAUGCUGCGAUCAGGUUAUCUCCCAGACCAAUUUACAUUUGGAAGCAUCAUUAAGGCUUGCUGCAUUGGGGCAGAUAUAGACUUAGGCAGACAACUACAUGGUCAAGUCAUUAAAUCAGGGUAUGAUCAUCACUUAAUUGCACAAAACGCUCUUAUAUCAAUGUAUACGAAGUUUGGACAAAUUGCACAUGCCUCGGGUGUGUUUGCUAUGAUUUCCUCGAAGGAUUUAAUUUCCUGGGCUUCUAUGAUUACAGGGUUUACUCAACUUCGUAAUGACAUAGAAGCUUUAUAUGUUUUCAGAGAUAUGCUCAGGCAAUCUGUUUAUCAACCAAAUGAGUUUAUAUUUGGCAGUGUAUUCAGUGCUUGCGGAAGCCUUCUCGAACCAGAAUUUGGACGGCAGAUUCAUGGAGUCUGCGCUAAAUUUGGUUUAGGGAGGAACAUUUUUGCCGGGUGCUCCCUCUGUGACAUGUAUGCAAAAUUUGGAUUCUUACCUUUGGCAGAAAGGGCAUUUUAUCAAAUUGAAAGCCCGGAUUUAGUGUCAUGGAAUGCAAUUAUUGCAGCAUUUUCUGACAGUGGUCAUGUUAAUGAAGCAGUAUCAUUUUUUCGCCAGAUGAUGCAUACAGGAUUGCUCCCAGAUGACAUUACUUUUCUCUCCUUACUCUGUCCUUGUGGGAGCUUUUUGACACGUAACCAAGUCAUGCAAAUGCAUUCUUACAUUAUUAAAGUAGGUUUAGAUAAGGAAGCAGCUGUAUGCAACUCUUUGUUGACGAUGUACACAAAGUGUUCAAGUCUACAUGAUGCAUUCAAUGUUUUCACAUAUUUGGGUAAAAGAGCCAAUUUAGUUUCCUGGAAUGCAAUUCUAUCAGCAUGCUUGCAGCACAAACAUGCAGGAGAGGCUUUUAGAUUAUUUAAGCUAAUGCUCUUUUCUGAAAAUAAGCCUGAUAAUAUCACCAUAACUACCAUAUUAGGUACUUGUGCAGAAUUGGCAUCUCUAGAAGUUGGGAAUCAAGUCCAUUGCUUUACUGUUAAAAGUGGGCUAGUGGUUGAUGUUUCCGUCCGCAAUAGACUGAUUGACAUGUAUGCUAAGUGUGGAUCACUUAAACAUGCCCGUGAUGUUUUUGAUUCAACCCAGAACCUUGAUAUUGUCUCGUGGAGUAGUUUAAUUGUUGGCUAUGCUCAGUUUGGACUUGGCCAUGAAGCUCUUAAUCUCUUUAGAAUGAUGAGGAAUCUUGGUGUCCAGCCUAAUGAGGUCACGUAUCUGGGGGUUCUCAGUGCAUGCAGUCACAUUGGAUUGGUGGAGGAAGGUUUGCACUUGUAUAAAACCAUGGAAGUGGAACUUGGUAUUGCACCAACAAGAGAGCAUGUUUCUUGCAUGGUUGAUUUGCUUGCUCGUGCUGGAUGCUUGUAUGAAGCAGAGAAUUUUAUUAAGAAAACGGGAUUUGAUCCUGACAUUACUACAUGGAAAACUCUACUCGCUUCCUGUAAAACUCAUGGUAAUUUUGACAUAGGAAAAGAAGCUGCAGAAAAUAUAUUAAAACUCGAUCCUUGCAAUUCAGCUGCUUUAGUGCUACUUUCUAAUAUAAAUGCUUCUGCCGGCAACUGGAAAGAAGUUGCGAGACUAAGGCAUUUAAUGAAACAAAUGGGUGUACAGAAGGUUCCUGGUCAAAGUUGGAUAGAAUUUAAGGAUCAGAUCCACGUGUUCUUCUCAGAAGACAGUUCUCAUCCAGAGAGCGGCAAAAUCUACACUAUGCUAGAAGAUUUAUGGUUGCAGAUGCUGGAUCAUGGUUAUGAUCCUUGCCAAAGGUUUUGCAGCUGAGCAUCAAGACUAGACAUAUCAAAGAAUGUUAUACAAAGGGAUAACCUUGCAAUGGCAUGCUAUAUGUUGAAAAUGAAGGAGACUCAAGGGUGGUGUUGGGGAAAGUAGAGAGAGCAAGAAGGGAAACAACAG